AGUCCCAAAUUAUUCGUCGGCUGUUCUGUUUUGUUCUUCUCUUCUCUUCUCUUCUCCCUCCCUGAGAAAUCUCUUUAACUCCUCUCGAGUUAACGAAUCAUGGCCACUCACUCUGAUAUACAUAUAUAGUUGAUUGAACAGAAGCAAUAUAUAUAAACUGUGUUUACUACUGUUGUGCGGAGGAGGAGGAGGAGGAGGAGGUGAUUCUUCCACAAAAUCAAAAUCAAAAUCAAAAUCUGGUAUGGGGUUGAUCAAGGAUGGAUCAGUUUCCGGAACGUUGCCAACUUCUUCUGAGGCGUUUGCAGUCCAUUAUCCUGGUUACCCUUCAUCUAUUCACCGUGCUAUUCAGACUCUUGGAGGGACUCAGGGGAUUAUCAAGGCUCGUAGCUCUCCGACAAAUAGGCUUGAACUCCGUUUUCGUCCUGAGGAUCCUUAUUCUCAUCCAGCCUUUGGGACACUUCGACGCUGCAACAAUUUUCUACUCAAGAUAUCCAGAAGAAGAAGAAAAUAUCAAAACCAGGAGGAGAAGGAGAAGGCUCCUCCUCCUAAUCAUACCAAUGCUACUGACCAGGGAGAAGUUAAUCCAAACCAAACUGAAUCACUUGCUGCUGCUGCUGCUGCUGCUGCUGCUGCUGCUGCAACAGAUGAUAAAGAAAAGAGUGUGCAGGAGGAACAUCUUUCUGCUGAUAUAGUUGCCCAGGUCUCAGAGGCUUAUCAAUUCGAUGGAAUGGUAGACUACCAGCAUGUUCUUGCUCUCCAUGCUGACGAGGCUCGCAAAAAGAAGAGAAGCUGGGAAGAUAUACAGCCAAAACUUGAGAGGCAUGGUCUCAUGGAUGUCGAUCAAGAUGAUUUGUUGAUUCUCGUCCCACCUCUUUUCUCAAUUAAGGAUAUGCCCGACAAUAUAGUGUUAAAACCAUCUUUAACUCUCAGUGCAAAGAAGAAACAAGAAUCAGUUGUUCAGCAACGUUGGGAGAUGGAGAUUGAGCCAAGUCUUGCAAUUGAUUUUAACAUUAAAGAUGUUCCAUCAAUAGUAUAUUGGGAGAAGUACAUAUCCAAGGAUUCUGAACAAUGGAACUGGCAAAUGAUCGUAAGUACAUUGUUUGAAGAGCGUCCCAUCUGGAUCAAAGAGUCUUUGAUUGCUCGCUUGCUUGAGAAAGGCCUUCAGUUUCGUGGCCACAUUCUAAGAAGGCUUCUUUUCAGAGUAGCAUAUUACUUUUCAAACGGACCAUUUCAAAGGUUCUGGAUCAGAAAAGCAUAUGAUCCCCGCAAAGACCCUGAAUCUCGAAUAUAUCAAAGAAUCGACUUUCGAGUCCCACCAUCAUUGAGAAGCUAUUGUGAUGCUAAUGUAGACACUGGGACGAAGCUUCGAUGGGAAGAUAUAUGUGCAUUUCAGGUCUUCCCUUUCAAGUGCCAAAUUUAUUUACAACUUGAUGAACUUAAAGACGAUUUUAUCCAAAAGGAAAUUGGAAAACCUGCUAAGCAAAAAAUCUGCAGUUUAGCAACGGGAUGGUUCUCGGCAAGUUCCAUGAAGUUGUUAAGGUUAAAAAUUGCAGUGAGAUUCUUAUCCGUCUACCCUAAAGCUGGUGCAGAAUCCUUGCUGAAGUUUAAGUCUGAUCAUUUUGCAAAGUCCAAAAGAAGGCAGAUUCAUGUCAAGGGCAGGGUGAGUGGUGAAGGACAAAAGAUUAGCAACACAGAAGUUGUAGAUAACGGAGACAAGGAGGAAGCAAACGAAGAAGAAGAGGAUGAUGGCGAUGAUGAUGACGAUGAAGAAGAAGAAGAGGAAGAAGAAGUCGAUUUUGACAAUGUUGAAGAUGGGUUGGACCCAUAUGAGGAAUUGAACCUGGCUGAUAGGAUCAACCACGCCACUCAACAAGGGAACUCACAUGUGGUGGAUAAUGAGAGCAUAUCCAGGAACUACUUGCAAGAGCUUUUUGGUAGCUUCCCCCCUUCAAGUGAUCUGGGAAACAGCGGACUAAAUUUACAAGCAGGUGACAAUAGUGAUGAGGAAUAUCAGAUCUAUGAACCAGAUGAAGAUGAUGAUGGCAACUAUUCUGACGAUGAUUAUUGAUGUUGCCAGCCAUCCGUUCCAAGAUUUUUUAUUCCAUAUCCAUAUUAUAAUUGGAAAAUGGAAGUCCCAUACAACAUAUUCUUGUCUUCUUUGAGUUGCUGGUGGCAAAAAGAAAGAAAAAACAUGAGAUUAGCUUUGGAGAUAGGUUCAUUCUCUUUUAUUAUUAUUAUUAUUUUCUUUUUCUUUUUCUUUAGAGUUUAUGGGUCAUUGUGAUCAUCCAGGGGAUUAUAAGUCUAGUAACAUAAAUUUAUUGAAUUUCCACAUAUAUUCCUGUAAAACAACUAGCAUAUGAUUAUAGAAUAUUGGAUUGCUAAAUGUUUCAAAUAGAUCUCUCUCUUUCUUUA